CUCCUCUGUUGCUGUCGUCUUUUUCCUCUCUACUCCCCCCAGUUCGUGAAUCAUAUUAGCACAAAGUUUGCUUUUGUACACGACGACGUUGCAGCAUUUGACCGCCGAGCAGCCGACAUGGUGUUUAAAGUGACUGUCAACAGUGCCUGGAGGGCAACGAGGACGCUGUGGCUGCUCAUGCUAGUGAGCCUGUCUGUCAGCAUCUGUGUGUGUCGAGCAUCUCUAACUCCGGAGGAGGAGGACAGUGCCAUGGAGAACAUCGUUACGGAGAAAAAGGCUGAGGAGAGCCACAGGCAGGACAGCGCGGACCUGCUCAUCUUCAUCAUGCUCCUCACCCUCACCAUCCUGACCAUCUGGUUGUUCAAACACAGGCGGUUCAGGUUCCUGCACGAAACUGGACUGGCGAUGAUUUAUGGUGUACUCGUUGGCGUGGUCUUGCGAUAUGGUAUCCAUGUUCCUCGGGACAUUAGCAACGUCACGAUGAGCUGCCAUGUUAAUGCCAGUCCCGCCACGCUGCUGGUCAAUGUCAGUGGCAAAUUCUACGAGUACACUCUGAAAGGAGAGAUCAGUGCCAACGAGGUGAACGACGUGCAGGAUAAUGAGAUGCUGCGAAAGGUGACCUUUGACCCUGAAGUGUUCUUCAACAUUCUCCUACCACCUAUCAUCUUCCACGCUGGCUACAGUUUGAAAAGGAGACACUUUUUCCGCAACAUGGGCUCCAUCCUGGCGUAUGCCUUCCUGGGGACAGUUAUUUCCUGUUUUGUUAUCGGGUUGCUGAUGUACGGCUGUGUAAUGCUAAUGAAGCAGGUGGGACAGCUGGGUGGAGACUUUUUCUUCACCGAUUGUCUGUUCUUUGGGGCCAUUGUCUCCGCCACAGAUCCCGUGACGGUCCUGGCUAUCUUCAACGAGCUCCAGGUCGAUGUGGAUCUGUACGCUUUGCUGUUUGGAGAGAGUGUGCUCAACGACGCAGUGGCCGUGGUUCUGUCCUCGUCUAUAGUAGCGUACCAGCCACAAGGGGACAACAGUCACACCUUUGAGGUCAUGGCCAUGCUUAAGUCUUUUGGGAUUUUCCUCGGAGUUUUCAGCGGCUCCUUCGCUCUGGGAGUGGCCACAGGAGUCGUCACUGCUCUCGUGACUAAGUUCACUAAGCUGAGAGAUUUUCAGCUGUUGGAGACUGCUCUGUUCUUCCUCAUGUCGUGGAGCACAUUCCUGCUGGCUGAGGCCUGUGGCUUCACAGGUGUGGUCGCGGUGCUCUUCUGUGGAAUCACUCAGGCCCACUACACCUUCAACAACCUGUCCCCCGAGUCUCAGGACAGGACCAAACAGCUGUUUGAGCUGCUAAAUUUCCUGGCAGAGAACUUUAUCUUCUCCUACAUGGGUCUGACCCUGUUUACCUUCCAGAGCCACGUCUUCAAUCCCAUGUUCAUCGUCGGAGCUUUUGUGGCAGUGUUCCUGGGAAGAGCUGCGAACAUCUACCCUCUCUCAUUUCUUCUUAAUCUGGGCCGACGCAACAAGAUCAGAUCCAACUUCCAGCACAUGAUGAUGUUUGCAGGACUACGAGGUGCGAUGACCUUCGCCCUGUCAAUCAGGGACACGGCGACAUACGCCCGUCAGAUGAUGUUUAGCACCACUCUGCUUGUGGUCUUCUUCACUGUUUGGAUUUGUGGAGGAGGCACCACCCAGAUGCUGUCCUGCCAGCGCAUACGAGUGGGCGUGGACUCGGAUCAAGAUAACUCAAUGAGUGUUGCUGAAGGCUCGGAGAGAAGAAGCACCAAACAGGAAAGUGCCUGGCUUUUCAGGAUUUGGUACAACUUUGACCACAACUACCUGAAGCCCAUCCUGACUCACAGCGGCCCCCCACUCACAGCCACGCUGCCUCCCUGCUGCGGCCCCCUCGCCCGCUUCCUCACCAGCCCGCAGGCUUAUGAGAAUGAGUGCCAGCUGAAGGAUGACGACUCUGACCUCAUCCUGACAGAUGGCGAUAUCAACCUCACCUACGGCGACAUCACAGUCAGCACAGACGCCUCAGGUUCCCACACGAGCGGCGGCCCAGCCUUUGCUGGAGGCGCCACCUCUGAUGACUUGGACAGAGAGUUAACGUAUGGAGAUCACGAGCUGGUGAUGAGGGGCACGCGCCUGGUGCUGCCCAUGGAUGACUCUGAGCCGCCCUUUACAGACCCCCCGCAGCGCUUGCGGAUGUGAAGAUAGUCUCUCAAUGCAGACCCAGACAUACCGUCCGACUCACACUGACCCGAGCCAUCGAUCAAAAGACCAGUACCUGACACUCCUUCCUUCACUCCUCCACUUCAUUCCUCUUGCUUUUUUUCCAACACAUCUCCUCACAGUUUUAUUUUCUCACUUCCUCUAGUGGCAAAUCACUGUCUCUACCUCAUUCUCGCUCUGCUCGUUUCCACACCUCUCUGGCAUCUGCCAUAAUUGUAAUAUAGCCUUAUUUAUUUGCAAGGUUUUUUUUCAGUAUUCAAUCAAAAGUCAGUUUCUCUUAGUUUGGCUUAAAGCUGUGUGUCAGUCACCUUACUGUAGCAUUGCACAGAGGUCUAGCAGCAUGUGUUAGUGUGUAAAUGCAAGUCCAAACCACUAGCUAAUUUGUCGAUGUACAGUAUAUCACAAGAGUACUAUAACUUUGAUAUGCAUGCUGAGGAUGCUUGUUGUUUUCUUCGUACGGGAGGUCGAGGGCUUUCGUUGUUUGGGUCUGACCUUGAAUGUUGCUGCCUUCUCUCUGCUCAUCAGAGGCAUGCUGACCCAGUGGACAACUUUACUGUACAUUUUGUUACAAUCAAGUGCCUGGGAAUUGUAGUUUUAAACCUGGCGACCCAUGCUGGACCAGCUCUCAGACGCAGAGCCAGUUUCAGGAUGGGCAGUCACGCAGUUGUAGUUUUCCUUUGUAAAAAAGAAAAAAACACAAAAAACUAAACAGACACCUCUGUCCAUAAGGUAGCAAUAUACUCAGUGGGUGUUUGGGC